UUGAGCUCUGAGUUGGUGUGGUGGGACUGAGAAGAGCAAGAAAAUUGCAGAGCCAAAUGAAUCAACAUUGUUUUUAAAUCAGCCAGUUGUGAACUAGGAAAAUAUAAACAAUAUCAUGUGAGUGCCCCAAGGAAAAUUCCUCACUAGACCCCAAUCCAGCUAAUUUUCCCUAUGAUCUUGACCAUUCAAUUCAAUGCAGUAGAUAUGUAUCUGUCUUACAUAACCCAUCAAGGGAAUUGAGUAUAAAUACACAUAAGAUUAGGAUCACUAGCAUCCCAAGUAUUUAGCUUUCAUUGCAAAUUCUUUAAUACAUCUCUGCCAGUUUUGCUUCUCUCUUCUUUAGAGACAUACACAAUACAAGAAUGGGUUUCCGAUUUCUGAGUGCAGUUCAUGCCAAGCAACUGAUUCAGAGACAUUUUUCAAGCACAAAAGAUGUUCCAGUUAAAGGCUAUUUGGCAGUUUAUGUUGGGAUUGAGAGCAGAAUGAAGAGAUUUGUGAUUCCUGUGUCAUACUUGAACCAGCCUUCCUUCCAAGAGUUGCUGAAUCAAGUUGAAGAGGAAUUUGGAUUCAAUCAUCCAAUGGGAGCUCUAACAAUUCCAUGCCAAGAAGAUGCCUUUGUCACUCUUAUUUCUCACUUCAGUGCCGAAUCAUGAGUGUAACACUGAUACAUGAAAAUUACUAACAACCCUUGUUAUUAUUAUUUCAAUCUUUUUCUCUUUUGACAGACAAUGUCAAAUAACCUUGUAACCA